UCCGCGGCGGAUCGCGCUGCCGCUGGCCCGGGACUCCGCUCGCAGCAACGCGCCCGCGGUUUCAAUCUUCACAACCUACAGCCAGAUUUUUACCCCUCUUUUUUCCCUUUUCCUUUUCCUUUUUUUUUUUUUUGGCGGGGAGCGAGAGCGCUUCGCAUUUGGAGAAGGAGCCGGGGGGACGAGGCUGCUGCUCUCCUGCUCCCGCCGUGCGCGCAUGUGUGUGUCUGCGCGCCCAUCUCCCCCCCGCCUCGCAAAAGUUUGCCUCGGCGGCCGGGGGGCUCCCGGGCCGCCGCCCCCGCAGCCGGGGGGCGCGGCGGCUGCGCGACGGUGCGGCGGCGGCGCGGGAGUUGCGCGCCGCGCCAUGCCGGCGGCGCAGGGGGCUGCGCGGCGCUGCGCCCUGACGGGGCUGCUGCUGCCGCUGCUGCUGCUGCUGCUGCCGCCCGCGGCCGCGGGGGCCGAGGGCAAGGCGCGGAGCUGCGGCGAGGUGCGGCAGGCGUACAGCGCCAAGGGCUUCAGCCUGGCCAGCGUGCCCUACCAGGAGAUCGCAGGGGAACAUUUGAGAAUCUGCCCUCAGGAAUAUACAUGUUGCACCUCAGAAAUGGAGGACAAGUUAAGCCAACAGAGCAAACUGGAGUUUGAAAACUUAGUGGAGGAGACAAGUCACUUUGUACGCACCACUUUUGUAUCCCGGCACAAGAAGUUUGACGAGUUUUUCCGAGAACUUCUGGAGAACGCGGAAAGAUCCUUAAACGACAUGUUUGUCCGGACGUACGGCAUGCUGUACAUGCAGAACUCAGAGGUGUUCCAGGACCUCUUCACAGAGCUGAAGCGGUAUUACACAGGAGGCAACGUGAACCUGGAGGAAAUGCUGAAUGAUUUCUGGGCUCGGCUGCUGGAGCGGAUGUUCCAGCUCAUAAACCCCCAGUACCAUUUCACUGAGGACUACUUGGAGUGUGUAAGCAAGUAUACGGACCAGCUGAAGCCGUUUGGAGAUGUACCCAGGAAGCUGAAGGUUCAAGUGACUAGAGCGUUCAUCGCUGCACGGACCUUUGUUCAGGGGCUGACAGUAGGCAGAGAGGUUGCAAACAGAGUAUCCAAGGUCAGUCCCACCCCAGGGUGCAUCCGGGCGUUAAUGAAGAUGUUGUACUGCCCUUACUGCAGAGGACUUCCCACUGUGAAACCUUGCAACAACUAUUGCCUCAAUGUAAUGAAGGGCUGCCUAGCAAAUCAGGCUGAUUUGGAUACUGAGUGGAAUCUGUUCAUAGAUGCUAUGCUUCUGGUAGCGGAGAGAUUAGAGGGACCAUUCAACAUUGAAUCAGUCAUGGAUCCUAUUGAUGUCAAGAUUUCUGAAGCCAUCAUGAACAUGCAAGAAAACAGCAUGCAGGUGUCGGCAAAGGUUUUCCAAGGAUGUGGUCAGCCUAAACCAGCACCUGCCCUGAGAUCUUCCCGUUCUGUCCCUGAAAACUUCAAUACCCGGUUUAGACCAUAUAACCCAGAGGAGAGACCUACAACUGCUGCUGGCACCAGUUUGGAUAGGCUGGUAACAGACAUUAAAGAAAAGCUAAAGCUCUCUAAAAAGUUCUGGUCAACAUUACCCUACACAAUCUGCAAGGAUGAGCGAGUGACAGCCGGUCCGUCAAUCGAGGAGGACUGCUGGAACGGCCACACCAAGGCGAGAUACUUGCCUGAGAUUAUGAACGAUGGUUUGACCAACCAGAUCAACAAUCCAGAAGUAGAUGUGGAUAUCACAAGGCCAGACACCUUCAUUCGACAACAAAUCAUGGCCUUACGUGUCAUGACUAACAAACUGAAGAAUGCAUAUAACGGAAAUGAUGUCAACUUCCAGGAUACAAGUGAUGAAACCAGCGGCUCGGGCAGUGGAAGUGGCUGUACAGAUGACAUCUGUCCCACCGAGUUUGAUUUCAUCACCACCGAAGCACCACCGGUCGACUCCGACAGGAGGGAGGUGGAGGCUUCAUCCACACGGCCUGGCUGGUCACUGCAGACGUUGCUCAUCGUCUUCAUCAGUCUCGUACUGCAGAGACAGUGGAGAUAAUCCUGGAUCUGGUGGGAGAAACUGUGUUUUAGCUACAGAAACAGUCAACUUUCUUCUUUUCUUAUACUCUUAGACAAUGGACCAUGCCACAAACACUUGCAGUUUUCUACAAGAAGAGAGCAGUACUGCAACCUGCUUCCCUUUUUUGUUUUCCCAAAGAGUACCAGGUGCCAGACUGAACUGCUUCCUGCUUUUUUCAGAUAUCUCUGAAGAUAAUAUCCACUCUUGAGAGAAUUCUUUCUCAAACCUUUAUUACAUGAGACUUUCUGAGCUUCAUUUCCUUUUAUGCUGCAAAAGUAAAAAAGGAUCUUACAGUGUGUGUUUUUCCCUAACGAGAAAAAAAGAGGGGGGGAAGAAACCAUGAAAACAAUUUUCUUUCUGAAUCCGGCCUGACUCAAGGCUGCUGCAUUUCAAUAGAAUAUCAACGAAACAAAAAAAGACAAGAAAGGAACAAAACAAAUGCAACCAUUCUUCACUGACAGCCAGGUUUCCUUUAGGAACUUCUGUAGCAUGAUUCAGGUCAUCAGAAUGAUCAUUGCUAUAGGGAGGAAGUCUGGAUUUUUUUUCCAACACAAAAAUACGUCUCAACGGUGAAUGUCUUGCACUCCAUCUGCCAACCACAUCAGAUUGGUAUGAAGGUAGAGAAGCUGAAAAAUAAGUUUAUCUUUUAGUAUGAUAGUAACUCCACUAGCUUCAGAAUAUCAUGUUACAGGUGUUUAGGAUUUAAAUCUUAAUGCCCAGUAAAAAAAUUGAGUAGUAGCACGAUUUCACCUAGCUUCUUUUAGUAUAUAUCCAUGUUAUACAAUUGGCACAGAUUUCCACUUAGCUCACCAUCAGCCAUGGUGGUAAUGCUAAACAACGCUCCUGACAAAUCUCCCCUCAAGGGUCCGGACAGAAAAUAAUCUCUUGUGAUAUAAUCUCUUUCCUUUUGUCACUGUUCUGACAUCGAUUAGGACUUUCUGCUACUAUGUUCAUUAUCCUACCAAGACGGCAAUUCUCUAAUGGACUAGCAGCGACUGGAUCAAUAGAGUGUUUCACACCUAACCACAUCUUUCAUAUCAGUUAAUUUCAGUGUCACAAGGAUUACUUCUACAAAAUUUCAGAACAAAUAAAUAUAUAGUACUGACAUGGAAAUUUCUUUCACUUUUUUAGUCUUAGUAUGAUCAUCUAUUUUUAUAUAUAUAAAUAUAUAUAAAUCACAGAUUUUAACUUCUUAAUUACAAGCUCAGGGUUGACACUUCUUUGUAAGAAAAAAAAUGUUUGGUCAACCAGCUCUUCUUUUUUUGUGCUGCUCUGAAAAGUAACCCUUUAAUAACUGGUGAGCACGAAAAUCAAAGAAGAGAAUUUUUUACAUAUCCAGUUGUCCAUUUCUUAACAGGUUUGCAGGGUGGGGGAGAAAACCUCUCUCAUAUGUGUGUAUUUGGGGGGGCAUGUGAGUUUGCGCGAUAGGCCUAGAGAAGGACACGGAUGUUAUUUGUGAUGGCAAUUGUACUCUCAGAUUCUUCAAGGAUACAUUGCUUUAAUAAUCAUUGCCUAAAUGACCAUAGUCCUGGAUAGAGUUUCCCUAAUUUGCAUAUGGUCAUAAGACUCAAGAUGGAAGCUGCUUAAAUCCUGGACAAAUAAGUGUCAACAAUUUGACAUCAAAACCUUCCCUCUUCCAUCAGCCGCAGACAAAGGGCUUCCGUGACAGUUCUGCGUGGUGUUGAAAUUAUACGCCAGAAAUUUAUUUCCUGAUUCUUACAGUGACUCUGGAAAUGGUACAGACAAAUUGUGGAAACACUGUAAAACCAGCAAACCACAUUACAAUGUAACAGCAGAGCAGGUAGAUCAUAUCCAUUGCAAUCUCUUUUUCUUGUCAAAUUGUAAUUAGCUAUCGAUUUAGGCAUGAAAUUAAAGUAGAAAACACACAGCACGUUAGGAUAAAGUAUACUUAAGCACUUUUACCAAAAAGCAUUUACAAACUAUCUAUAUAGUAUGUCUAAUAACAAAAAGCAGAGGUUUUGAGCAACUUGUAUUCCAUUCUUCCCUCCCCUCCCCCAUUUGUUGUUUUACUUCAAAGUAUUAUGAUGGGCACAAAGUAUAAUGGGCACUUCUGGGCCCAGCCUAGUGUGCAGGAGUUGCUGGCUAGGUGUUGAGAUCACACAUGUCUUAGAGCAGCCGUAGCAAUGCUUCCUGCUGCUCUGAUGGUCCGCUCUAGAGCGGAUCUCGUCAUUCAACAUUCAAUGCCUUCGGGAAGUUAAACAACAGAGUUUAAGCCAAUUCUCACAGGCUUUGUCGUUGGCCCUGGUGCAGCAGGUACCAAGCAGAGGAUCUUUUCUUUGAUUUUUUUUUCCUGAACUUGCAUAUGCAGCUUUCUACAAGGAGACCCCUUUAAAACUCUCCCCUGGUCCAUCUCU